AUGGCGACGCUGGAGAACUUCCUCGACGCCGCGGCCGCGGCGGUGAACGCGAACGACGGCGCGACGCUCGCGCGGCUGCUCGACGUGAACCUCGCGGACGCCGCGCGCGCGGUCGAGGGCGCGAUCGCGUCCGACGCGGGGCUCAAUCUCGGCGCGCAGUGCGCGUCCAAGAUCCGCGCGCCGUACGACGAGAUAUUCGCGCACCACUGCCAGUGCCUCGCGGCCAAGGCGGAGAACCGCGGCGACGACGCGUUCGUGUCGUGCAAGGCGACGACCGAGGCGUUCGUGAAGGACUACAGGACGUGCGACACCGCGUGGGCGAUCGACGCGCUGGUGCGAUUUGUGAAGAACGCGCGCGAGCUCGCGGACGUCGCGGACGCGGAGGCGGUCGCCGCGAAGAAGAAACCGGAGCGGCUCCACGACGCGGGCGCGCUGCUCAUGCUCGUGUACAGGAACUCGUCCAACACGAGCGUGAAGGAGAAGAAGCGCGCGUCGCUGUUCCUCGUCGUGAUGCUCUUCAAGAUCUACUUCAAGCUGAACACGCUGCACCUGUGCAAAAACCUCAUAAACGCGGUGAACCUGCCGACGUUCCCGCCGUUCGAGGGGUUCCCGAAGUCGCAGCGCGUGACGUACUCGUACUACGUCGGACGGCUCGCGGUGUUCGACGACGACUUCGAGAAGGCGGAGACGCACUUGACGUACGCGUUCGAGAAGUGCCCGCGGACGCAUCUGAAGAACAAGACGCUCACGCUGAAGUAUCUCGUCCCCGUCAAGCUCGCGCUCGGGAAGCUCCCCACGAAGGCGCUGCUGGAGAAGUACGGCCUGGACGAGUUCGUGGAGAUAGCGGACGCGCUGCGGCAGGGGAACGUGCGGAAGUUAAACGACGCGCUCGCGAAGUUUCAGGUCGUGUUCAUAAUGCAAGGGACGUUUUUGGUCUUGGAGCGCCUGCGGGAGCUCGCGAUUCGGACGUUGUUCGUCAAGGUGCACGCGUACUGCGCGGCGAAGUACCCCGCGAAGGCGAACCAGGUUUCGCUGGCGCUGUUCUUACGCGCGCUGCACUGGCUCGGGUGCGACGAGAUGGAUCUGGACGAGGUCGAGUGCGUCGUCGCGAAUCUGAUCAUGCGGAAGAGGAUCAAAGGGUACGUCUCGCACGAGAAGCGAGUCGUCGUGCUGUCGAAAGUGAGCCCGUUCCCGCCGUGGUGUUGA